AUGGCAGCUAAUUGGAUUCCUCCAAAUGAAAGAAGCAGAUUUGUGUCAGCUUAUCUUGGUAGUUCCGUGGGAGCUGCACUUACUUUCCCAAUGUGUGGCUACCUAAUAGAGUGGUUUGACUGGCCCUCAGUAUUUUAUGCCACUGGAGUAAUUGGAACAAUCUGGUUUUUGUGUUGGUGGUUUUUGGUUUAUGAUACUCCAGCGAAACAUCCAUAUAUAUCUGAAAAAGAAAGAGUUUAUAUUGAAAAUUGUAUUGGUGAUAAUGUUACAGAGAAGAAGCUUAAAACACCAUGGUUGCAAAUUUUGUUGUCAAGAUCUGUAUGGAUGAACAUUUUAGCUCAAUGGGGAGGAAUUUGGGGUUUAUUUACCCUUCUGACUCAAGCUCCAACAUAUUUCAAUAACAUACAUGGAAUGAGUGUUCGCAAGACAGGAAUAUUGUCUGGAGCUCCUCAUGUAUGCAGAGUGUUGUUUGCUGUUCUGUUUUCUGUUUUCGGAGAUACUUUACUGAGAAAGAAAAUUAUGUCUAGAACUUGGGUUCGAAAGUUUGCAACUUCUGUAUGUACAAUAGUACAUGGAUUAUUUAUCAUGGGUCUGGCAUUUUCUGGAUGCAAUUCCUUCGCAGCUGUUGUAUGUUUAAUGCUGGCAGUUGGAGCUAGUGGAGCUGUGUCUACAGGUCCAUUAGCCAGCCUUGUUGACAUUGGACCCAACUUUGCUAGUAUAAUUUUAGGAAUCAGUAAUAUGAUCACAGUUGUACCAGGAUUUAUUUCACCAAUCAUUGUUGGAUAUCUCACCUUUCAAAAUCAAACCACAACACAAUGGCAGAUGGUGUUCAUUAUUUCUGCUCUAAUGAUGAUUGUGCCUGGCAUACUCUACUUACUGUUAGCUUCUUCUGAGGUUCAGCCUUGGAAUUUCCCAGAGCCUGUCACACAAGACUAUAAAAUGAAAGUUGUGCCAGCAGAUAGGACUACAGAUGAUGCAGGAAUAGGAGAGGAACAAAUGAGGCUUCAUAAUGAAGACAGAGAAGAAUCAGUUAAUGACCAGAAUACAGAGAAAGAAGCACAUUUAUUAAGCAAGAAUUGAUUUUGUUUAAAUGGUGUAAAUAAUAAAAAGGAGGCUAAAAUCAAAUGUGUAAUAGCUACCAAAGUAAAAAAUGAAGAUAGAUUUUCAGAUAUGUUUUCCUUGUCUCGAUUUAUAUAAAUAUUAAAAAACUCUGUAACUGAUACAAUGCAAAAAACAAAAACAAAACGAAACGGAGAACUAGAGAAGAGCCAAAUUAAUUUGUGCAUGUUAAUGAAAGCUCAUCAACUAAAAUUGGAAAUCCUCAUAUAAAGUUUACAGUAAAUGACAGAUUUCAAUUUAUAGGAUAGGAUAGAAAGGAUAUAAUUUUUUUUUUUUGGUCAGCAUUAGUUCAGAAUGACUUUUAGCACCCCUUAGCCUAUUAACCAGUAUUAUAACAACUUAAAAACUAGGUAACUGAUCACAAAGCAACAUUUCUUAGUAUUGAGAAAACUAUAGUCAUGUUCUGAAGCCAUUGAUAAUUUUGGGGAAGGAUAAAGGUAACCAAAGAGUUACAGGGUUUCUGAGCAAAAGAGUAUGGCAUGUUUAAGGGAUAUUUCAUAACAAAAAUACAUGUAGACUGAAAAUGUUCAAAAUAACAAAAUUAUCUAAGCAAAAUUGCAUUUUGACUUCUUAGAGAGAGCAACAACUGAAAUUUUAUGUAG